AGAUAUACUGAUAUAUUAGAGUUGACUAUUAUAUUAUAAUAGAUAUAAUAAUUUAUUUAAAAAGAGCUUUUAUUUACAGCAGCAUGACUUUGGUAUAAAAUCUUGCUAUUGCAUGAACAGAUCAAUAUUUAAUAAAUAAAGGAGCAGUCAUAAUUGAAGUCAGUGAUCUGAAGUUCGGUCCUUUCUAAAAGGUUAUCUUGUGGUUUUUAACUGUCAUCUGACUCCAAGGGAACUUUUGACCCAAUAAUGUACAAUUAAGACUAUCAUGUGCGAGUUUGUGUGUAUUUCCCAAGGUAGGGAGCGGUUAUAUGUUAAUUCCGCCUUUCUUUUAAAGGGAGUGUUUACCGAAUGGAAGUGUGUAAACAGAGUUUCAUUUUGACUGUAUUAACUUAAAGUGUAACAGCUUUGCUAGUUCAUGUGGCGGUCGGAUAAAUAAGACUAUAAAGAACAAUGGCAGAACAAUUCGUGAAAGCGCAAAUUAAGGGCGACAAAGUAGUUGUGUUUCUCAAACCAACGUGCUCGUACUGCGUACUCGCCAAAGAUGUUUUAUCAAAGUAUAAAUUCAAAGGCGGACGCUUGGACUUCAUCGACAUCAGUGGACGAAGCGACAUGGGCAGUAUCCAAGAUUAUCUGCUACAGAUCACAGGCGCCCGAACUGUUCCUAGAGUCUUCAUAGGUGAGCAGUGUAUCGGAGGAGGAAGUGAUGUCCAGAAUCUUGACAGCUCUGGAAAACUGGAAGGAAUGUUGCAGGUAAUCGGAGUGUUGCAAUGAAGGGCGUCAAGAAAGGGUCACAUGAUGCUGCAGCGAGACUUGCGGACCUGCCAUUUGCGUUGCUGGUACUCGCUGAGCUCCUGUAGAUAACCUCUGGAGGGCCAGCGCAGUCGCUCCACCUGCUCACGCUCCUCGUCUGUCAAACAUCGUGCAUUAUAAUGACAACGCAGAAUGUAUGGCAAAAACAUUUCCUCCUGCAAAAUACCAGCCACCCCUUCAAUACCACCAUGGCACCUCGUUAACCUUUGGAUUAUCUCCGUCCACCAGAUUUCUUUAUUAUAUCUCUCUAUAAUGUGUUUCAACUGCAGUAUAGGCUUAAAGGAAUAGUUCAACCAGAAAUGAAAAUUCUCAUUUACUCACCAUCAUACCAUCCCAGAUGUGUAUGACUGACUUUCUUCUGCUGAACACAAAUGAAGCUUUUUAGAAGGAUAUCUCAGCUCUGUAGGUCCAUUCAAUGCAAGUGAAUGGUGACCAGUACUUUGAAGCUGUAUAAAGGACAUAAAGGCAGCAUAAAAUAAUCCAUAAGACUCCAGUGGUUAAAUCCAUGUCUUCUGAAGAUAUACGAUAGGUGUGGGUGAGAAACAAUCCAUAUUUAAGUCCUUUUUUACUAUAAAUUCUUCUCUCUACCCAGUAGGUGGCGAUAUGCAUGAAGAAUGCAAAUCACCAAAAACAAAGAAGGUGAAAAUGAAAGUAAAGUUGGAGAUUUAGAGUAAAAAAAAGGACUUUAAUAUGGAUCUGUUUCUCACCCACACUUGUAUUGCUUUUAAAGAUGGGAAUUUAACCACUGGAGUCUUAUGGUUUACUUUUAUGCUGCCUUUAUGUGCUUUUUGGAGCUUCAAAGUUCUGGUCACAAUUCACUUGCAUUGUGAGGACCAACAGACCUGAGAUAUUCAUCUAAAAAUCCUCCUUUGUGUUCUGCAGAAGAAAGAAAGUCAUACACAUUUGGCAUGGCAUGGGGGUGAGUAAAUGAUGGGAAUUUUUAUUUUUAGAUUAACUAUUCGUUUAAAAUAAUGUAAUUGCCUGUUGUAUUUCAAGUUUUUGUCUGUAUACACUUAUUCGUGUUUCCCAAUAAAUGUAAGCAAUUGUAUGUUUGCGUUCAGAUUUUAAAGGGCGCUUGAUGCAAAAUAAAAUGAUUCCAGUCACAGUUUGCUUGUUGUAUUUAUUGGCACAUAAAUUAAUUGCUGUCUUAAAGGGAUAGUUCACCCAAAAAGGAAAAUUCUAAUAUUUUUCUGGUUGAAUACAAAAGGAGAUUUUAGGCAGAAUGUUAGCUGCCUCAGUCACCAGUCACUCAAUAAAAAUAUGCAAUGAAAGUUAAUGGUGUCACUGAGGCUGUCACUCUGCGUUUGUCAUAGGUGCUUGGAACAACCCACGGCGAAUUUUCAUUUUUGGGUUAAUCAUCCGACAAUAUUGGCUGAAGAUACUGUAAUUUUUGUCUGUAUACCAAGAGAACAUAAGGUGCUGCAUGACACUAUAUGAGAAGCAAUUAGAGUAAAAAAUACUUUUUUCAAAACCUGUCAAUCAUAAUCAAGAAAGCUUGAUAAAAAAUGUAUUAUUCCAGUCAUAGUUUACUUGUUUUUUUGUUGACACACAAAUCUAUUGCAGUCUCAUAUACUAUUCAUGAGUAGCGAUACUUUUUUUUAUUUCUUUGCUAAAUGUGUGUGGAAGGGCAGGAUGUACUAAUUAGGUGUUGAAGUUAUGCAAUAAUUUCAAAACUGACCUUACAUUUGCACUCUGUGUUUGCAUCGAUGAAACCCUGUGGUGAUUUGCAUGGGCUUGUCUACAGCACCAGC